CACGUAACACAGCACACGUUCCCUCCUCCCCCACCCGGCUCUCCUACUCUGCAGUAAAACACAGAUCUCGGUGCGGUCUCCACUGCGCAGCUGGUGCGGUGCUGGUGCGUAUCUGUCUCACCGGCUUUGCCGCAGCGCUCCGGACUCCGUAGCGCUGUCUAUCAAGCUGUCGCCGGAAUAGUGAUGCAGUAGCAUAUGAAAAAAUUCACGUCGUUAUUAUUACUGCAUACAACUGAGACGAAACUGCCGCAGAGUUCGAACGUCUGCACGGGAGAAAGUGAUCACUAAUGCGAGAUGACUGAACCGAAAGCAACUGGCAGUUAAGGAGAGGAUUACAAAAACCGUUAAAAUGGGGUAUAAGAUCUCCGGCGCAGCAAUAGACCGUGUCAGCUUACUUUGGCGGAUGCGUCGGCGGGCACGUCGGGGGGUGCUCUGCAUGGCUGUCUUCUGCGUCGCUAUGGGCCUCCUCUACGCCUUCUGUGCUGAGAACAGUGUUCCCGUAACAGACGCCAUCUUCGGUGUGCGGGCCCGAACCCGUGCCCAGCCCCGCGCCCGCACCGUUGCCAAAGCACUGCGGUCGGCCGGCGCCAAUGCCAAGUCCAUAUUUGUUGACCCUCUGAGCCUGCCUGGCAUUGUUCCCCGAGACCCGCGCCGCCCUCUUCCUGUGCUCUCCCGCCUGCCUGCGUCCAAUGGCACGGUAGCUGAGCCAGGGGUGGCCAGAUCCCAGAGUGAUGACAGGGGCUCCAGGUGGGGCCUCUCCUGGCUGCUUCCAGGGCCCCUAAAGAGGCUCCUGUAUGGGAGGGAAAGGAAGCCUGGGACAGGUCGGUCUUGGGGUCCGGUAGACCCCGAACUCUUCGGGCCCCACAGCAAGUUGGGGGAGGUGUGGAAUGACGAGAUGUCCACUGCUUUGCUUGGAAAAAGACUGAAGCAAGUGGUGCAGAACUACCAGGCCAUGAAUAAGUAUGGAGUAAAGUUUAAGGGCUCCACUUCAAGGGGCCGCAAGCUGAGUGGACCAGAGCUCUUAUGCCAGCUGAAGGAGAGGAUCAAGGUGACCACAAUCACCCCAAACCUGAAGCCUUUUUCAGAGCUGCCCUGGAGCUCUGAGCUGCCCUCCCUACAACUGACCUCUGCCCUGGGACCGUUUGCGAGCUGUGCGGUCGUGUCAUCAGCGGGUUCGCUGAGAAACUCAGGCCUGGGGAGAGAGAUUGACUCCCAUGAUGCGGUGCUGAGGUUCAACGCCGCCCCCAUUGCUGGCUAUGAGAAGGACGUCGGCACCAAGACCACAGUUCGCCUUAUAAACUCCCAGGUGAUGGCAUCAGAAGAUCACCGAUUCCUAUCCAGCUCCCUUUAUAGUGCUGGGAUCCUGGUGGGGUGGGACCCUGCUCCUUACUCGGCUAACUUGAUGGAGUGGUACAACAGAACAGACUACCCCAUAUUCCAGCAGUACCAGAAGUACCGCCGGCUGCAUCCUCAGCAGCCUUUCUACAUCAUGCACCCGCAGGUUGAGUGGCAACUAUGGGAGCGAAUCCAAGACAAUAUGGCUGAGCCCAUUCAGAAGAAUCCACCCUCAUCUGGCCUGCUAGGAACAAUGCUGAUGAUGUCCAUAUGUGAGGUGGUGCACGUCUACGAGUUCCUGCCCUCGCAGCGCAAGACAGAGCUGUGCCACUACUACCAGCACUUCUACGACGCGGCGUGCACGCUCGGCGCGUACCACCCCCUGCUUUACGAAAAGAACCUGGUGAAGAGGAUGAAUCUGGGGUCAGAUCAGGACAUCUACAACCUCGGCCGGGUCACUCUUCCCGGGUUUAGCACCUUUAAUUGCACACCUAGCACAGCCCACUGAGAAACCGGAUUGUGUCGGUGGAGCGACACUGUAACUGAAGCUUUACUCAUCUACAGUUUUCCUGGCUCCCUCACUGCCAGCCACGCAGAGUGACUCAUGCUUUAGCCUGUGGACUUGGGAGGCCUCACUCCAACCCGUCAGAUUUGCGGUGUAACAACACAAAGAUGGUCACAUUUGCCCGCGCUGCAGCGGCAUCCUCUGUAACUGAAUGAGGCAUCACACAGCUCCAUCCCGUCGCCCCCGCCGCCUGCUGACUGGUGUCCCUCCUCCAUAUGGGAUGUGGGUCACAUCACCUGGGGGCUUUCCAGCACUCCGCCCCCACCCUUCACAACAGCCUUUGCUUUUUAUGAAACGUACAUAGAUUCCACACUGUGAUAAACAGGCUUUAAAGCUUUGCUGCCAUCCUCUGGAUUCCUGGAAUGCGUUCAUUGUGUUUGUUUUUUUUAACAUAAUGCAACACCUGCUUGUUUUGAAUAUCUGGGGGACGGGGGUGGGGUGGAGCUGUCAUAAAUCAAUUCCUAUGCUAACAUUACGGAAAGAAAGACUCCUUAUGACGAGGUCCUGAUUUAAUGACACUCUUCAGUUGAUUCUUACUGUCGAAAUCAAGCACAGAAAAUGACAGACGUCAGGAAGGUGUCUCCCAAAUUAAACUUCAGACACCCCUCCCUCCAUGACUUCACAUCCCACAAGGUAACCAAGGAUUUUUUUUGCAGAAUAAACAAAGUGCAUGUGAAUUAAUAAAGCCGCAUAAUGAGUGCCAAGUCUCUGAAAUCCGAGAAUUCUAUCGGGCCACCUUGCGGGUGACAAUGCAAUGAAAAAUGGAAUGGAACGAGAUCCCAGACACCUGACCACGUACAUGGACUCUGGCCUUUUGUAUUCAGGCCUGUACAAUACAAAAACCUACGAUGCAACACACAGUAACGUAACAGGUACAUAGAAAUGAUGAAUUGAUGUUUGGCUCACAGCUACAUGACAAUGCACAUAUGGCAAAACAUGUUAUUUCUAAAACUUCGCAUAAUUACCCCAACUUGUUACAUAUCCAGAAUCCUCCCUCCAACUGUUAUAGCUGUGCUGCAUUGAAUCCUUGAUAUGAGCAAGGGCUAUGUGGUCAUGCUCUAAACUGGAAGUAGCUCGCUCCAAAUCUAGAAUUUAAACUGAGGCGUGAACCUUGUUCUAGGCUCAGUCUUGUAUCCAGUGUUUGAGCUUCAGUGUUCAUUUCAGUGAGGGGUGUAGGGUUCUGAUAUAUGGGGCUGGGUUUGAUCAGUGUUUUAUUUCCAGAUUUUGAUUAGGGUUGCUGGCUUGCUGUGGGUGCAUCUCAGUAUGCACACUUGACCGUGCAUGUGUUCUCAUGUCCCCGUUUUAUGUCAUCUUCCAUCGCCGAAGACCAGCUCCAAAACUCAAGGACAAAAGUUCAGAUGAUUAUAAAAAAUCCUCGAAUGUCGUACUUGCCACUCCCUGGAUAUCAAGGAUGCAUCGUUUGCAUCCUUGCCAAACGAAACCAGUCCUAUAAUUCAUUGCGCCCCAAGUUGGUUCAGUUAGCAACACCAGUCCAGUGAAGUAAUAAGUAUGAUCUUUGUGUUCUUGAUAUUGAGAAACGCCCUAUGUGAUUGUAUGUUGUUUUAAGUUAGUUGAUGUCUUGUCUCAGGUUUCAUGUUUUUUUUUAUUGGGUAUCUGUAUUGUAUACUUGUUACUCUAGUAAUUCCAAGUUCCCUAGCUGCUAUGCUGUACAAAUGGCAUCUUGAUUUAGGUUUGUUAGGAUUGUCUUGUUAUUCCAGUCUCAUUUCCUGAUCGGUGCAUGCCGGCUUUUGUUGCUGGUUUACCCAGUGUGCCAGAGUUACACAUCUAGUCAGCAGCCCUAAGUGUCAUUGGUUACUCCUGUCCUGCAGGCUCCCACCGAUUGGUCUCAGGGACCAUGAGGCAGAUAACCUGGAGCUGUGGAUUCGCUGUCCAAUUCAGGGUGCUCUGGGUUGCAUUCUGAAUAAACGUAUUUUCACUUCAGCAUUCUGAGUCCUGCUUGUGACACCAGCCCUGUAUUCUUGUUGUAUUCUUGUUGGGUAAUAAAUGUGAAAAUCUAUAUAUGCAUAUUUGUUUGCCUGCUUCACAAGAAAAAUAUAUAUUUUAAUAUUUUAUUUAGUAUUUUUAUUAAGUAUUCUGUUUGAGAAAUGAUCUGUUAAAUUUCGUUUAUUUUUUUAUAUGAAGUUGCACGUUGCAUAACAAUAUAAAAUUAAACCAAACUUGCAGGACCCCCCCCUGAAACAGGUUGUUCCUGAGAUUUUGUAGUGUCUGCCUUGGUAAUUGAUUAAAAUCCAAAAAAAAAAAAAUAGUAACUUUAUAUCUUUCCUAACCAAAAUUUCCAAGUGUCAGUUAAGAGCGUUAACAGCAGCGUGUUAUGGAAUCUGCUGAGGCCUUGAUCAGUUCCCUUGAGAAGAUGGCCAUGGAACCCCCCCGCCCGCCCCCAUGUCGAUGAACCCUGCUGAAACCUGACAUCCAAGGUCACUGUUGAGAGAUCAGUCUUUGGGAAUGAAUGGUCUUAAUGUAUCCUGACGAGGAAGUAUUGAACAUGCCGUUUUAUACCGGGGAAAAAGCUUGAUAAGAUGUUUAUCUGAACCCUGAUUUCUACAGUACAGAUAUUUUGUGAACUGUUUGACUUCUGUGGCAAACUGUGACUCAUUCUCGUUUUUCUUUAGUGCACUUCCCAAAUUUAAAGUUAUUUGAAGUUAUUUAAAGCUACUAAAGGAUAUUAUUAUGCAUUUAGAUACUCAAAGACUAAUUUUUUAAAUGAGUGCUGAAUAUUAAAUGUGAUUUUAAUCUAAUCUAGUGAAUGUUGUGUCUGACAAACCCAAGGCAGUCUCCCACUUGUAUGAGUCUUUCUUUAUAUCUCAUUCAUCCAUUAGAAUGAGAAUCCUUGAAACAGCAGAGCACACUGAAAAACCUCUGGUUUCCUACAGUAUUUUGGAUGCCUUGCAAAUGGCUGCCAAUCCUGCCUUCCCUCGCCGCAAAGCAGGUGGGGUCUUGAUCAAAAUCUCAGCUUGAAAUGUUGGCCGACUGACCGAUCAAUAGACGCCACCAGGACUGUAUUUGAGAUGCUGAACGUUAACUUAGACCUAACUGUCUCUUUGGCAGGAAUUCAUGACUAUCCCCAGUACUGCCAAAAUGGUUGAUGCUAAAAUGUUCAGUCGGCAUUGACAGGGACGGAUUAAUGUGUAGGCAGCCCUAGGCUCGGAAACCCCAGGGCUCUGGCAGACAUUAUGUUCCUGCUCCACCUCAGGAAUAAAGGAACAGUUAAUGAAAACGGAAACACCUGAGUGUCGGCCUAGGGCCCCCCCCAGAUAAAUUAAUCCGCCCCUGAGCAUUGAGACAAUGUAGUCUAUUGUUUUUCUAUUUUUUUUCUAAGUUUUAUUGCUUUGAAUAUGUGUAUUAUAAUUUCUGUAAAAGUACGUGGAUCAUAACUAAAGACUACUUCAUGCAAAAUAAAAAGAUGAGUGCUUGCA